AUGGCAGAUACUUGUCCAGUAUGUACUGAUAAUUUUAUAAUUAAUAGUAAAACUAUAAAAUGUGCGUUUUGUGAGGAGCGAUUUCACAAUAUGUGUGUCAAAGUAAAAGAUACAGCAUCGAAGAAUGUAGCGGAACAUAACAACAUUAUGUGGUUCUGUGACACAUGUAUUGCUGUUAUAAACAGUAACCUCAAAAUCUUGCCCAAAAUAAAGGAUCUAGAGAGCAAAACCGAUAGGAUGCUAAAAAAACUGGAAUCUUUGGAGGGUCGUCCAAAGGAUGAAACUGCAAGCUUACCUCCGUCCAACAAAGAAAGAAGUUAUGCAACUGCUAUAAAAAAGUCUAAAGAAGGAAUGAUUAUUGUUAGGCCACUUAAUGGAGAAGUUACUAAUGAAGAGGAUGGCACAAAAAUGAGAGGGAAUAUACAACAAAAGAUAAGCCCCGGUGAUAUAGGUGUUGGCAUAAAAAGUAUGAAAAAUACAAAAAAUGGAUCUGUCAUUAUUAAGGUACGUGACGCAAACGAGGCGCACAAGCUCCAGAGUGAUAUAGAUGGUAAACUAGGGAAUAUAGUAUCCACCAAGAUACCCCAAAAAAGGAAUCCUCGUGUAAAAAUUGUCGGAAUUGAGAAAAGUUAUGAAGACCAAGAACUAAUAGAGACACUAAGAGCUCAAAACCCUACGCUGUUAACAGAAGAGAGCCAAAUUACAGGAAUGUACCAAGUUAGAGAAGUUUCAGUAGUUAAGGCUCAAGAAGGAUCGUUAGAAGACCUCAUUCAAGGUCGGCGAGACUCAGAUUGA